CCCAUCCAAAUGUCUCCACCUGCAGGCCUUGAGUUACGCAGUAGAAACAACAGCAAAUCAACGAAACACGAAACCAAAGCAAGCCCAAAACAUUAACUGGAACGUUCAAGCAGCAGCAAGCAACGCCACUAAAGACUCCGCAGUGACAACAACAGACAACAUACAAAACAAAACAAGCAAAACAAAACAAAACUCAGACCCGACCAGACAAUCAGCUGUUUUGUUUUGCAAUAUGGCGUCCACAUUGACAACCAACGGUUCCACCGUAGACAGCACAGGUCCGGCCAGCAAGCAGAACAACAAUUGCCACAUUGCACUCGACAUGGAGCCGGUGCAGACGCGCAGCAAGCGCAAGGGCACUCCCAUCAACAACGAAAAUGUGAAACGCCCUGCAACGAGCGAGCGCACCAACAAUGCAGGACCGAGCGCGGAUCAGGCUGCCAAUCAGCAUCCGAUGCCCAAGAAAGCCACGGCACAGCCACGUGCUGAGAACAAAGCAAAGCUGCGCCUAGAUGUGUUUGCCGUCAAAAAAAUCCAAAAUCGCACCCCUGCCACUGCUCUGUUACGCGCAAAGUCGCGCGCCAAGAUCGUUUUUGGGGAGCACCCCUAUUCCAAUCAUGCCCAGAUUUCCGUCUUGCUGCCAGCCAUGCAGCGUCAGGCCGCCACCGAAGCCCAAGGAUAUAUCAAGCAGACCCUUGGGACGGCUAUCGCUGCCGCCUUGACGCCGGUGCUGCCGCUGCAGCCCGUGCCGCUUGAUGUGGUGGACUUUGACCGGAAGAACUGCAACGACCCCUGCCAGGUGUCGCACUACGCCAUGGACAUAUUUAACUAUCUGAAGACACGCGAGCAACAGUUCCACAUCGAGGACUACAUGCACAAACAGAUCCACAUGAAUACGUUCAUGCGGAGCCAGCUGGUCGACUGGAUGGUCGAGGUGCUGGGGAUCCUCGAGCUCGAGCAGGAGACCCUCUAUCUGGCUGUGAAGAUCGUGGACCGCUAUCUGUGCCGCGAAGUGAUCGUCGAGGAGAAGUUACAGCUGCUGGCGGCCACUGCCUUCUUCAUUGCCUGCAAGUACGACGAGUUCCAGCUGCCCUGCAUCGAGGUUUUUCUGGACUUUUGCGACGAGGACUACACCCGCAACGAACUGAUCCAGAUGGAGCGCGAUACGCUGCGCAUUAUCAACUACCAGCUGGGCAUGCCCCUGUCCUACCGCUUCCUGCAUCGCUACGCGCGCUGUGCCGACGUUCCGAUUGCCACAUUGACCCUGGCUCGCUACAUAUUGGAGCUGUCGCUGAUGGACUAUGCCACAAUUGGGUUCAGCGACUCCCAGAUGGCAUCGGCCGUCCUCUACAUGGCCCUGCGCAUGGACGCCGGCAUCGCUAAGCUGGAGCAACAGGCCUGGACCGCGACUUUGGUCCACUACACGGGCUACCAGCUGUCGGACUUUGCCAAGAUUGUGCCCAUCCUGAAUGCCGGACUGCAUCGCAGGCCGCAGGCCAAAAUCUCGGUGAUACGCAAAAAGUACUCGGAAAAGAAAUUGUUCGAGGUGGUCAAUGUGCCGCUGCUUACCAGCCAGCAGCUCUUCCAGCACAACCUCGAUCUGAAAUUGAAUCCGAUUGGUCUGUCGUAGGGCGCAGGAUCUCCAGCCAUAGCUCAAGCUUCCGUAAGGCUCUAAGCCGCAACAGUACCAAAAACAAAACAAAAACCAAACCAUAAAACAAAGACCAGCGAAAUUAAAGUGCAAGAAA